AUGAUGAUUCGGUCAAGCUUGAACCCCCUACUGCGCUCACGAUUGACGCUGCAGUCAAUCCGCCCGGCCACUUCCUUACAUUUGGGACGCGCAACAUUCGCGACCUCGGCGCCAUGUAAGCUCAUGGAGAUGACAGGUUUUACAGAGGAACAAAUCACAGUUCGAGAUGCCAUCUCUCAUAUCUGUUCCAAGUUUCCCAAUACCUAUUGGCAGGAGCGCGAUCAACAAGAAAAGGACCCCAAGGAAUUCCAUGCAGCACUGGCUAAAGAUGGCUGGCUCGGGAUUGCACUGCCAGAAUCACUCGGCGGAGCUGGAUUAGGAAUCUCCGAGGCCACCAUGAUGAUGCAAACUAUUACCCAGUCCGGUGCUGGAAUGGCGGGAGCACAGGCUAUACACGCCAACGUGUAUGCCACACAGCCAUUAGCCAAGUUUGGCACUCCAGAACAACUGGAAAAAAUCAUCCCAAACAUUAUUAAUGGCACGUGGAGAACCUGUUUUGGGGUCACCGAGCCUAACACAGGUCUUGAGACCCUGAAACUGAAGACUUUGGCUACCCGAACAUCCGACGGGUACUCUGUCUCCGGUCAAAAGAUCUGGAUUACCUGUGCGCAAGUCGCCUCUAAGAUGCUUUUACUUGCCCGAACAACUCCCCUAGAGGAAGUGAAAAAAUCAACGGAGGGUCUCUCUAUAUUCUGCAUCGACCUUGACCGUGAUCAUCCCGGGUUGGAUCUUGCCAAGAUCAAGAAGAUGGGCGGUCGCGCCGUCGAUGCAAAUGAAGUAUUUUUUGACAACUACCCGAUUCCUCAAAACACUUUGAUCGGUCAAGAGAAUGAUGGAUUCAAGAUCAUCUUGCACGGAAUGAAUGCUGAGCGCUGUCUGCUGGCAGGCGAAGCACUGGGUCUUGGUUACGCCGCACUUGAGAAGGCCGCUCAGUAUGCAAAGGACCGCGUGGUCUUUGGUCGACCAAUCGGACAAAACCAGGGUGUUUCUCAUCCAUUGGCGGAUGCUUAUAUGAAAUUGGAGGCAGCAAAGCAUGCAACAUACCAUGCAGCUCGACUCUACGAUACAAAUGAUGGAUCCGUUCCAUUUCAUGCGAUCGGUGUAGCCUGCAACAGCGCCAAAUAUCUUGCAGCUGAGGCUGCUUUCACUGCCUGUGAACGAGCGGUUCUGGCCCAUGGAGGAAUGGGCUACGCGAUGGAAUAUGACGUGGAGCGAUACCUACGUGAAUGCUUUGUUCCCAGAAUUGCACCCGUCAGUCGGGAGAUGAUCUUGAACUACGUCAGUGAGAAGGUCUUGGGAUUACCCCGAAGCUACUAG